AUGUCAGCCAACACCAGAGCUAAGCGCAACCCGAGACGGGGCGCUACGAAAUCGAAAUGGGAUCCGGAGAGUGUGAUGACUAGCUCGAAAUCACCACUUGUUAAUGUAGAUCUUGUGAAACUACUCGCAAACCGCAAAGCAUGGGACGAACUCGAAGAAUCAGAGAAAGAGGAGAUUCUAGAAUUACUCCCCGAGCAUAUCCGUCCACAACCCGAGCCCUGCGAGGAUGGGACGAUGAAAAUACCCCCUUUGCCGGAGUCCUUCCUACGCUACGAUAAUCCUUGGCGGGACGCAGUCCGUCAAUUCCAAGUUGACCUCGAGAAUGGCCGCUACGAUCCGGAAUGGAUACGACAGGCUGAUAUAGCCGUGCAGGAGAGAGCAAACGGGGAAUUUGAUGACUUCAAGGAGCGCGAGUUCGAGGAGUUCUGGGGACAGAAGCAGAGAAUGGACAAGAGUCUUUCUGCGGGAGAGAGUUCUCAGGUUAAAUUGACGACACUCGUUGAGCAGGGUGUUGUCCGUGUCGGUGAUGUUUGGAAGAUUUCGCGGGGUUUCAAUGUUCCCGGUGGCAGGCUGCUCAUUGAAAAGGAAGCAAAGAUUCUAGGAUUCGAUGGUUCGUAUAUGACUUGCGUCGUCCCUACUGGUCGACGUGUAUUCCUUCCUCAAGUGUCGGAUGCCAAGUAUAAAGCGUUGUUGAAGGCUUACAAAUCAAAUAAUGGCGCCAAGGAGGAGGAUGGCAUUGUCAAAGACGAAGAAAAACCAAGCACUAGGGGCUUAAGAAAAAGAAAGUCCGGAGUCGAAGACGGACCUCGCAAGAAACAACAGCAAAAAGCAUCCGAAGACGCACAGUCGGACUUUGAAAUUACGAUCCCCGUUUCUACUAAGCAGGAAGAUCAGGUAGAGAAGGUUGAGGAUGACGCCCCUGCCGAUCUAGAAAACGAUUUCGAGACUGAGACGGACAUCGAAAUUGUGCAGUCGUCGUCAUCCGGGCUCACGCUGAAAGGGGUGGAAGUGAUUAUACUCCCUAAGGUCAAUGGCCCAACUUAUCUUGGUAAUAAGAUGAUUGAACUUGAUGGCCGGAUCAAGCACAUUCCAAACGGCAAUGCGUGGAAGGAGUUCCGCUGCUAUCGGAAUAAUCAGGACAUGGGCAGUCUGUGGGAAGUCAGACAGGCUUGGUAUGUGAAAAGGAAGUAG